AUGAACGUCAAAAAGAUUUUAACUUGGAUUGAAUUGUCUUUGGCGAUUUUAAUGCUAAGCAGAGUACUUGCAAAGAUGGAUGCUUACAUGACGAACGUUGAAUGCCUUAAUUAUGUACCAGAAAUUCUAAAAAACGUGAGCUGCCAUUUAAAUCAAACAGCCCAAAGCACUAGUUCUUUAUACAUAGAGUUUGCCUUGGCCCAAGAUGUAAGAGACGUUGAAAGUAUAUACAUAUUGACGAUGAAAAGAGGAUCGAUCAUGACAAACUUAACUACAAUGAAACUAGACUUGUGUCAGCUGUUGUCAAGUGUGGAAUCUCAAUUUUUACUUAAGAUGGUUACCACUCAGAUCCGACGAAUUGGCAAUUUCCCACUGGAAUGUCCUUUCAAAAUGAAUAAGCGAUAUUAUGUUAAAGGAUUUACAAUCAAUUCAAAAUUAAUUCCAAGAUAUCUACCAGAAAUGAAUUUUAUUUCGGAUGCCCAUAUAAACCUUAAGGAUCGCAGAGCAUGUCGGCUAAUUAUUCACGGUAGCCUUCGUCCUUGA